AGCAUUUUGGAUCUUCACUUGCCCGCAACCGAACCCAAACCCCGACCAAACCCCUCGACCUCACUCACCUCCUCACCUAGGGUUAGGGUUUCAACUCCACCGGCUCUCUCCCGCUCCAAUUCGAACGAAUCCUCCCGCAUGGCCGCCGGCAUCCUGGUGGACUUCCCCUCCAUGGGGUCCGCCAGCUUCUUCCCCAGCCUCGAGUCCCUCCUCCGCGACUCCACGUCCCGCUUCCUCGCCGCCGUCUCCGCCGCCCCCGACCCGGACCUCACCAACUUCCGCUCCCUCUUCUCCCGUGUCCUCACCACCUACCCGGACCCUCCCCUCGAGGCCGUCUGGUUCUUCUCCGCGCUCACCUUCCACGACGCCCCCGACGACCUCCGCUCCAUUCUCCACCUCCUCUCCGCCUUCACUGCCUCCUCCCCUGCCGCCGCCAAGCCCCUUGCGCUCCUCGCCCCCGUCGUCUCCGAACUCUUCCACUCCGCCAAGCCCCGCAGGGAGAUUGAGGCGCUCGUCGAGGCUGUCCUCAGCUACAUCAGUAUCUGCAGCAGCCGCCCCGCUGGCGGCGAGGUCAACGCCGACGCUGGGAGGCUCUUGCCAGGUUUCGGGGAGCUGGUCAAGGUGUGGAGCGUGCGCAACUCGAGGGACAGGUGCCCGUUCCAGGUCCUUUUCCCGCUAGUCGGGGAAGAGGCCAGGCGGGAGCUCAUGAAGGACGGCUGCACUGUCACUUUCCUCGCCGGUGUGGUGGUGGCGGAGGCCUUCCUGCUCAGGCUCUGCCUCAAGGUGCAGGGUGUGGCUGGGGUGCCACGUUCUGAGCUGCAGAAGGAGCUAAGGAUCUGGGCGGUUAGCUCUAUCUCGGUCUUCCAGAACCAGCAAUUCUUCGGAGUCCUGCUGAACAUGCUUGUAAACCCUCCGCUGCCUGUUUAUUCACUACUGAGUGCUGAUGAUGAGAUCUUGGUGAGAGAUGUCCUUUAUGAUGCUUUGAUCUUGGUGGAUUAUUCAUUCCUCAAUGGAGCUGAAGUUGAUCAAGCUGAUAGUUCCCUUUUGCCUAUUUUUGUGUCAAGAUUGGUUAUAACUCUUGAUGCCAUCAAUGAUGCCAGGGCCAAAGGAGAUCAAGGGAGAGCAAUGUCGUUUAUCAACGCCUUCUCAACUUCAAAUAUUCCCGUUUACCUGGCUAGGUGGGCUGCUCGUCAAGCUGGCACCAGAAUGGCUGGCACUGACCAACUCGGCAAACCAGUUGCUAUCACACCUCAAGCUUUUCUGAAGUGGCUUGUAGAUCUUGAAGACAAGGGGCUCACAGUGUUUGGAGAGAACUGUUCAAGGAUCAGGGAGAGGCUGAUGCAUGAUGAUGCCAAGAAUGACUAUCACUAUCAGAGCAGGAUGGGUCACUCAGACGCUGGCCUUUUCUUCAUUGACAAGCAGAGUCACCAGGAGGGUAUGCACACAGAAGGUGGGGAGGAUGAAGAAGCCGUGGAGAUGGAGACAGCUGAUAAUGCUUUCAUGGCUGCCGCUCAGUCCAUGAAGGUGACGGCGAACGGCAUAAGGAAAAGGAAGGAUUGUGGAAAUGAAGACGCAGCAGUUGUGAAGUUUGUGAAGUACAAGGCUGAAGAUAGCUCGGUUAAGGAUUACUUCUCGUCUGCUGCUACCAAUGGCAUGAGCAGUGGUAGCGAGGUGGAGAAUCCACAGUCUGAUGAUGAGAUGGAAGAAACAGCUUGAUAUGGGUAGAAGGAAAUCACUCACUAAUGCUUACUUGAGGAGAGUCGUUUUGAAGAGUUCACUGGACAAGUGCCUUUCUGGAGUCUGCAAGACUGUUGUUGUUUUGGUUUCCGCCUCUUAAUGAUGUCAUGAAGUAGUAGUAUCUCGUAUGGUUCCUGCUCGAUGAUGACGAUGAGUUGAAGCGGGUUCCUGCGGUCCGACUCCAGCAGGCCUACGGAUAUAGUAGUAACUGGUAGCUAACCUAACUUGGCGCGUGAUGCCAUGAGCUAUAUCAUGUUCCUUGUUAUAUGCAAUUAGAGACUUUCAACAUGUAGAUUUGCUUCCAAGACUUCUGUCAUAGAAGAGUACCUUUCCUGUUGUCCCACGGUACCAUCUUGAAUUAAUGAAUCUUGGCUACCUUUUAGUUCGUAAUUACUAUGGAUGGAUAUUGUGCCUUGCGUUUA